AUGGGCUCAGAUCUCAAUACAUUAAGGUUUACACCCAUCCAGUCGUUUGUUGACUCUUCCUUUUUCGCCAAAUUGGCUCGAUUAAAGUUAGAAAAGUUCAAAUUGGAUUCGUCGACUCAGUAUAUCUGUGGCUUUCAAACCCGACCUAGCAAAUUGAACAAAUUCGAUGAUAUACCGACUUUAGCUCUUGAUGAACAAAGUUUUGUUGAGGAAGAAAUUGGCAAAGAUUCAAUUGCCAAUGAUAGACUUAUUACUUCAGGAAGUAUUACCAAUCUCAACACUAUCGAGGAGUUUAAAGCGAUUAGUAAACAAGACCUCUUACAUUCAUGGGGCGAAGAUCUAUAUCAACAAAUUAUGGCCAACGAUACUUUUGAGUACAAAAUUUUCCAAAGCUUCAAAGUUUUGAGUUACUCUGAUUUGAAAAAGUACAAAUUUUACUAUUGGGUUUCCUUCCCCACAUUGCAAAGUUCCUGGACUAUAUUAGAGAGAAAUGAUGUUAUUGACUCAGGUAUUCAACAAGAUAUUGACUCGCAAACUAAAUAUUUGAAUGGGCAAUUUUAUCAACUUCGAGAAGGCAGACUUGAUACGCAAAUUGAGGAUAGCUCAAAUACAGAAUUAGUUCCAACUUUUGUAUUUCUAGAUUCUUGUUUAAGUCAGAGCAAACGACCUUCGGCCCAACUCAAGAAUUAUUUGUUUUACCUUGCAAAAAAGAAAGGAUACUCUGAGAUAAAAGUGAUUGUCUAUCGAAAUAAUGCAGCCUCAUUUCUGCUCAAACUAAAGCUACAAGAGUGCCCUGACCCAUGGAAAGUUGUUGGGUGGGAGAGAACUAGCCAGGGUAAGCUUGGUCCCAAGCUUGCUGAUUUGGGACUAUUGAGUGAUCCAACGCAAUUGGCAUCCCAAGCAGUUGAUUUGAACCUCAAGUUGAUGAAGUGGAGGGUGGCACCGGAACUUGACCUUGAUAUAAUAAAGCAACAAAAAGUCCUACUUUUGGGUGCAGGAACUUUGGGAUGCUAUGUUGCACGUGCAUUACUUGGAUGGGGUGUAUGCAACAUUAAAUUUGUGGAUAGUGGUAGAGUUUCCUACUCUAACCCUGUUCGCCAACCGUUGUUCAACUUUGAAGAUUGCUUUAGCGAUAAUGGCCGUGGAAUGCCAAAAGCUUCUGCUGCAGCAAAUGCGUUGAAAAAGAUAUUUCCUGGUGUAAAUGCACAAGGUUAUGAGAUUGAAGUUCCAAUGAUUGGACAUCCAAUCACAGACGAACAAAAACAGGGUUCUCAAUAUGGAGUGUUGGACGAUUUGUUCAAUCAAAGCGAUGUUGUGUUUUUGUUGAUGGAUUCACGCGAGGCGAGAUGGCUUCCUACGGUUAUGGGAGUAGCAAAAGGGAAAAUUGUUAUCAAUGCCGCAUUGGGAUUUGACUCGUAUUUAGUAAUGAGACAUGGGAAUAUAUCGUCUUUAGAGGACAAACUGCGACUAGGGUGUUAUUUUUGCAAUGAUAUUGUUGCUCCAGAAGAUAGUUUAUCCGAUAGAACAUUGGAUCAGAUGUGCACAGUAACAAGACCAGGAGCAGCGUUGAUGGCGUCUUCAUUAGCCGUUGAGCUUCUUGUUUCUAUCUUACAACAUCCGGAUAAGAGCUUUGCAAAUGCUGUAGAGAAUAACGACGACAGGAAAAAGCAUGAGGAGAAAGUCGAGAAAUUUUCCAAAUUUGGAGCUUGCCCUCAUCAAAUAAGGGGUUUUCUCAAUACUUUUUCCCAGAAUAAGUUUCACAUUCCUAAUUAUGAGCAUUGCUCAGCAUGCUCGCAGAAAGUAGUUGAUCAGUAUAUACAAAACGGAUGGGAAUUUGUUAAGGAUUGCCUCAAUAACCAAGGUUACUUAGAGGAGUUAUGUGGUUUGAGUAAAGUACAAGAAGAGGCCGAACUAGCGGCCCAGCAGCUACUAGAGGAACUAUCAUUUGAAGAAAAAGGCGAAAUAGACGGUGAAGAUUUGGACUGGAUAAAUUAA